AUGGAGGAGGUGGAGCGCAACACCAUUGGGGUACAGAGCACCUCCCCAGGCACGGAUGGAAUCACAGUGCGGAUGCUCAAAGCAUGCUGGCAGCAUGUGUCCCUCUUUAUACAGCAGCUAUACAACUGCUGCCUCCGGCUCUGCCACUUCCCACGAGCCUGGAAACUGGCAGAGGUGGCAAUGAUACCCAAGGUGGGUAAGAGAGAUAGAAGCUCAGUCCGCUCCUGGAGGCCCAUUGCCCUGCUUUCAGUAAUCUCCAAAGGGCUGGAACGCAUCAUUGCAAGGCGACUGGCCUACACGGCACUCAUUCACGGCAUGGUCAGCCCACAGCAUGGGGGGGCGCUGCCCAGACGAUCUGCAAUGGACCUGGUAGCUGCUUUCACUCAUGAGGUGGAGGCAGCCUUCGCACAAAACAAAGAAGUGUCCAUGGUCACAAUGGAUGUGCAGGGUGCCUUUGAUGCUGUGCUGCGCAGGCGGCUGCUUCAGCGGAUGGCGCAACAGGGGUGGCCACGCGAGCUGCUGCAGCUCAUUGACAGUUUCCUCACUGAACGCAGAGCUCAGGUCCGGCUGGAGGGGACCACCACAGCAGCACAUCAGAUGCAAUGUGGCACGCCACAGGGGUCUCCUUUGUCACCAAUACUGUUCCUUCUGUACCUGGCAGAGCUGCUGUGGCAAAACUCGGAGUUGCGCUUUGGCUAUGCGGAUGAUCUGAACAUCUGGCGGGCGACCCACUCACUUGACAACAAUGCCACCCUUCUCAGACAGGAUAUACAGAGUAUUCUGAGGUGGGGGGAGAUAAACAAGGUGGCCUUCGCACCAGAGAAACUUGAGAUGAUCCAUCUUACAAGAAAGCGACACAAUGAGGCACCAGCAGUAGUUGUGUCUGAGGACCUCACUGUUCACCCUGUUACUGCCCCAGCUGGACAGGAGCCAGCACUUCGCUGGCUGGGUGUACACUUCGACAGAAGGCUCACCUGGAGACCACAUGUCUCCACCCGGGCAAAGAAGGCAAGGGCCGUAGCCCAGCACAUCCGGAGUCUGGGAAAGACCAGAGACGGGCCCCCAGCAGACGCUCUGCGGAAGGCGGUCACCACCUGCGUGGUUCCCUCACUGCUCUAUGGCACAGAGGCCUGGUACGGCGGCCGCACGCAGCCAGCAAGGCACACGGGCAGGAGUGGGGAGGUUAGCUCCCGCCUGGGAUGGCAUGUGGGGACAGUUGAGAAGGUGCUUACUAUGGCAGCCAGAGGGGUCCUCCCAGUUUUCCGUACAACGCCCAUCGCUGCCCUAUACCGGGAUGCUGGGCUCCCAUCAGCAAUGGUAGCUCUGGAGGAGGCCAAAAUUCGAUUCGCGACAAGGCUUCAGGUGGUGGAUGAGAAGCACCCACUGGCUUCACGGAUAGCACCUCCAAUGAUCACACGAGGAAGAGGGGCUGGAACCCGGCAGCGCUCAAAGACCAAGAUCCAGCGGUUGGGGGCGCUGCUACCUGCAGUCAAUAGACCCACACUUGCCAUCCCACACUACUCAGAGGGAUGCGGGACAGACCCCACAGAGGGUGUAGACAAAAAGAGUGCUGCUCAGGCAUUCAAGGAAUGGUGGAGAAGUCAACCCUCAACAGAUCUAUAUGUUUUCUCAGAUGGAUCAGAACGGAGCCUUGACAACAGCAGGCAGGUGGGCUAUGGCUUCAUAGUCUAUCAGGGAAAUAAACAGCUGGCCAGCUUCUCAGCUGCGCUGAGCCCUAUGUCACAUGUCUUCGACGCUGAGGCAGUUGGUGCCUGCCGGGCAUUGGAGUGCGCCGUGAAGCUCCUACCUUGUGUCACAGAGGACAGCAGCAACCCUCAGAUCUGGCUCUGCCUCGACAACACCUCAGUCAUCUGGGGCAUACGGGGCAGUGCAGCAGCCUCCUCAAACUGGGCCUACAACCGCUGCCAUGAGCUCCUCAGACAGCACAAUGUCGGCCUGAAAUGGGCUCCUGGGCAUAUGGGGAUAGAGGGCAAUGAGGAAGCAGACCGCUUGGCUAAGCGGGCAGUCUCAUCCACUGCGGCCCCAGCCUAUGGUCUCGAGGCCACACCCACAGUCAGUGGGGUCCGCACAGUGGCCAAGCAGCUCAGCCAAGAGGCAAGGCGAAAGUGGUGGAGUGGAGCCUGUGGCAAGCUCUCUGACUGGUACCGGGGCUGGAGUUUCAGCAGGCCGACUGUGGAAUACCAAGUGAAGGCCCCUCCGGAGCUCACCAUGCCACGGCAUGCCCUUCACCGCUGGCUCGCACUCCGCUCCUCUCAUGGGGACUUCUCCUGGUACCACAGGCGUUUCCAGCAUGCAGAUGCGAGGCUCACCUGUGUCUGUGGACACAACAAGAGCCCAGAACAUUUGGUGCUCUGUCGACACUCACAGAGGCACUUUCUUCACUGGCCCAAGAGGCCAGCAGCACGGCCACACAACCGGGCGACAGCUGUUGCCUAUCUAGGGUCUCUGACCCCUACAGACUUUGUAGAACUGCUGGACUGCACGCAGUUCUACACACGGUACUGCACAAGGUAA